AGAGUGUUUGGCUUUAUAGACGCUGAAGGGCCGGCUGAGGCUGGUGAGGCAGCACAAUGGGAGAAGACUUUCAUAAAGACGUUCAUUAGCGAAGGCAGAGGCAUGGGCCUGAAGGCCACAUCGGACCUCGCGGCGGGGACCGCGAAUAUAACCAGCUCGUGGCCAGUAAGGUCAAGGCGAUGGGCGGAAACGAAUUCGCUCGUCAAUUCAUGACGCUCCCCAACAAGCAUAGAGACGCGUACCAAGGCUUCAAGAACGUCUUCGGAGGAGUUAUCGAGACAUGCCAUUUCCCAGCGAACCUUGACGACAAUCCAGCUGCUGUUGUCGGUCUUGAUUCUGCUUAUCUGAACCAUUCGUGCAUUCCGAAUGUCGUUGUGAGUUUCUUGACGCCUGAGGACAUCUAUGGCGAGCAUGCAAAGCAACACCCUGAUGAAUACUGGCUCAGAGCAUACACCUGCGUUGGUGUCGCUGAGGGCGAGGAGCUAGCUGCCGCGUACAGCCAUUUGAAUGUUCCCUCUGCCAUAAGAAAGGCGAGACUGAAGGGAUUCUACGGCUUUUCCUGUUGCUGCAAGCAUUGCGAGGCACCAGAUCCUGAAGUAGACGGGUUCCUGGACGUGUAUGGAAAGAUCGAACGCACAGUCAUCCAGCCCAACGUCAUCGACAAUGAGCCUGCUGCGGCUCUCGAAGCAGCGUACGAUCUCGGAAUCGGCAUGACUUCUGUGGGUAUCUUCGACUAUCGUUACGCCACACUCUGGGAACAGUGUGCCGUUAUUUGUGCCUGGCAUUCCGAUGAAGGUCGCGCCAUGUUCUUUGCCGGUAGAGCGCAUGCUACUUAUGAGCUGAUCGAAGGUCCGGACGGCCGCAACACCAGGAGACUUUGGAUCUGGAGGAGUAAUAUCAAAGGACUUCCUGGGUACGGGGCCUCUAAGAGAGGAAAGUCAAGCGAAAUGGAGGCAAAACUCCUAAUAUUCAACCCGAGACAGCAGGCGCAGAUGCUAUUCAUGCUUGGUGCAAAUAAGAAUGAAUACAUAAGGCUCAGCGACUAUUUCGGGCUCAUCGGACAAGGAGAAGAUCAAACUUUUGGCUGGAGCGUCAGAGAGCAUGACGACGACAAGGAGGAAGAGCAGACCGCAGAGGAACUUGAAGCUCUUCUGAAAGACUUGGAAGACGAGAAAAAGGAAUACGACCAGGGAAGACUGGCGAAGGAUAAGGAGAAAUCUAAAGGCAAGAAAAAGAACAAGGGAAAGAAGGCAAAGCACUAGCUACCUAGGUAAGGAUCUAGCCAGGAUACUCCUUGGAUGUUUAAUUCGAAUUCCUGUGCUUGGAACUAUGAUUUAUUGGGCGGUUCUGGGUGCUGUUCUGCUGUCAUUUCCUAUGGUAGUCAGUGUUUGCAUACGAGGGGGCAAGAUGUGAGCGGAGCGGAGAAUCAGGGCGGAGAAGAAGAAGAAGAAGGUUGUUUUGACGGCGGAAACGUGAUUAUGUCAUGGCGUCGGAGCUGCGAGCGCA